AUGUCGUCGACCUCGCCUUCGAAGGAACCAGAACUCGACCCCGAGGUGCAAUCGGGUGAAGAACCAGAGCACAUGGACAAGGAACAACACGACGCGCAGGGGCAUCAUGGCGAGUUUGAGGUGAAGGAGCAAGAUCGGUGGCUUCCGAUUGCAAAUGUGGCUCGUAUUAUGAAGUUGGCUCUUCCAGAAAACGCCAAGAUCGCCAAAGAGGCCAAAGAAUGCAUGCAAGAAUGCGUGAGCGAGUUCAUCUCGUUCAUCACCAGUGAAGCCUCAGAGAAAUGCCAACAGGAGAAGCGGAAGACCGUGAACGGUGAAGACAUUCUGUUCGCGAUGACCUCGCUCGGCUUCGAGAACUACGCGGAAGCUCUGAAGAUCUAUCUGUCCAAGUACCGUGAGACACAAUCUGCCCGCGGUGAAAACCAGCGCCCUCCGAGUGCUGGGUAUGGCGCUGGAGGGCCAGUUGGAGCCCCCGGGGCGGGACCUGCUCGCCCCGCUGGCUUCGCCGAUGCCGAGGGUGGCAACCCCAUGCUGAACCCUAGUCUGGACCCCUCCGAGCAAGAUGCUACUGCCUAUGGCUAUCCCUCGAUGGUUGGCCAGCCGCACAAUGGAGCAGGCGCGGAGUCGUACUAA